AUGAGUCUCUCACGGCACGGGCCUCAGUAUUGUGUGCGGUUUUGGGCAGCACAAUACACGAAAAACAUUGAACUAUUGGAGAGAGCCCGAAAGAGGGCAACGAAGAUGGAGAAGGGCCUUGAGGGGAAGGAGCCCCGUGCCCGCAGGCAGAAGGAGGAGUGCUGGCCGAGCCCUCACGGGGCCGGGGUGCGGGGGGAUGCGGGACGGGAGCCCGGAGCCUCCAGCCCCCGUGGCCGCCGCGCCGCUGGGGGCUCUCGGGGCAUCGCUGUGGCCUCGUCGUGCGGCGCCUUUCGGCACCGGCGCGGUCCGAUGUGCUUGGGGAAUGCCCGCAACAUCAUCUGCCGCUUGCAGGGAGUGUUUUUCAUCAGUAGAAAACGCUCCGGCAGUGUAGCUUGUACACUACAAUUUAAACCAUUGGAUUACCCAGUUAAUGCCCAAACUGGGUCUGGUAUUUUCACAUACAUUGUUAAUUUACUCUAUAACCGAGAAAAUAACUUUGCUAGAAUUGCUUUUUCUUUUUCAGACCACGACAGUGACGAUGAUUCCUACGAAGUGCUGGAUUUAACAGAAUAUGCUCGACGUCACCAUUGGUGGAAUCGCCUGUUUGGCCGGAAUUCAGGACCAAUUGUUGAAAAAUACUCUGUAGCCACACAAAUUGUGAUGGGAGGUCUGACUGGCUGGUGUGCGGGAUUUUUGUUCCAGAAAGUCGGAAAGCUUGCAGCAACUGCAGUAGGUGGUGGCUUUCUUCUGCUUCAAAUUGCUAGUCAUAGUGGAUAUGUACAAGUUGACUGGAAGAGAGUUGAAAAAGAUGUAAACAAAGCAAAAAAACAGUUAAAAAAGCGUGCAAACAAGGCAGCUCCUGAAAUCAACACUCUAAUUGAAGAGUCCACAGAAUUUAUCAAGCAGAACAUCGUGGUGUCCAGUGGGUUUGUUGGAGGCUUUUUGUUGGGUCUGGCAUCGUAAGGACCCGAACGUCUCUUCCUGAUGGGAUCCACGUCAGCCAAGAUCAGUAGCGGUGACACGCUGUCUGCAAGCAGUGUGGGUCACUGGGCCUGCCAGAGAACACAAGUGGACUAGCUAGGCAACUUGGAAGCUUUUACAUUUCAGGCUUUUGCCUCCUGAAGCUUGGCAAAACUAGGAUUUGCUGAAAAACUGUGCAGUGUGCUCAUUUUAUAGCAUUUCUGGGCAAAACUGGUUCAUCAUCACCAUGACCCUUUGUAUCUCUGGCCUUUCAAGAGCUAGCAUUUUUUAAAAUGUUAUUCUUGGAAUAUAGCUAUGUAGCCAUACUAUAAGAAUGAAAGCUCCAUUUCUAUGUUUUCAGUUAAAUACUGUUUAUUUAAAAAGUAUUUUUCUUCAUGCUGUAGUAGGUAGUAUCAAUGACUACAUACUGUAUAUGAUGUUGUAGUUUCAGCCUCCUGGCUGGCCAUCCUCUUUAGAAGUCACUGCAAUAAUCUGUAAUACCUUUUUACAGAGUAUUAAAUAACAGAGAAUCAUGGGCUUAUUAAAGGUGAAAAUUAACUUA